ACGGUGGCCGAGAGAUACCUUUGGAAACAAAACAAGCGACUCCUGUAGGGCGAGACUCGGAAACUGAUUUAGCCGGGCGCUCGCUGGAAGGAAGAGUAGCAUUGCAAGAGGUUUUGUGUUUCUGCGGAAGAGAAGUGUGUCCAUAAGGCUGCUCCAAUGACGGAGCUAUCUGCACCCUUACCCUACUUCCAGAAUGCACAGAUGACAGAAGACAGCCAUAUGAGCAAUACAGUACGUAGCCAGAAUGAUGGCCGGGAAAGACAGCGCCACGAACAUAGCGAAAGGCAGCGGCAUGGUAACCCUGAGUCAGAGACCAAUGGACAACCGCAGGGUGGCACAAGGCAGGUGGUGGAACAUGAUGAUGAAGAAGAUGAAGAGUUGACUUUAAAGUAUGGUGCCAAACACGUGAUCAUGCUAUUUGUACCAGUCACACUCUGCAUGGUUGUGGUUGUGGCCACCAUCAAAUCUGUCAGCUUUUAUACCCGGAAGGAUGGACAGUUAAUUUAUACUCCAUUCACUGAAGACACAGAAACUGUAGGGCAGAGAGCACUGCACUCCAUUCUGAAUGCUGCCAUCAUGAUCAGUGUUAUUGUGGUUAUGACCAUCCUAUUGGUGGUACUUUAUAAAUACAGGUGCUAUAAGGUGAUCCAUGCUUGGCUUAUAAUUUCUUCUCUCUUGUUGCUGUUCUUUUUCUCAUUCAUUUAUCUGGGUGAAGUAUUUAAAACCUACAAUGUUGCCAUGGACUAUAUCACUCUGGCACUCGUGAUCUGGAAUUUUGGCGUGGUAGGAAUGAUUUGCAUCCACUGGAAAGGCCCUCUUCGGCUCCAGCAGGCUUAUCUUAUUAUGAUCAGUGCCCUCAUGGCUCUGGUAUUCAUAAAGUACCUUCCUGAAUGGACUGCAUGGCUCAUUUUGGCUGUCAUUUCAAUAUAUGAUUUGGUAGCGGUUUUGUGUCCAAAAGGUCCACUACGUAUGCUCGUUGAAACAGCUCAGGAAAGAAAUGAAACUCUCUUCCCGGCUCUUAUUUACUCCUCAACAAUGGUGUGGUUGGUGAACAUGGCAGAAGGAGACCCAGAAGCCCAAAGGAGAGUUUCCAAAAAUUCUAACUACAACGCACAAACCCCAGUAAACCAGAACUCUAGCAGUGUUACUGACGAUGAUGGCGGUUUCAACGAAGAGUGGGAAGCUCAAAGGGAUCGUAAUCUGGGGCACCACCAUUCCACACCGGCAUCCAGAGCUGCUGUGCAGGAGCUUCCUGGAGGAGCUUCCCAUGUACAUGAGGAUCCUGAGGAAAGGGGAGUAAAGCUUGGACUAGGGGAUUUCAUUUUCUACAGUGUUCUGGUUGGCAAAGCCUCAGCAACAGCUAGUGGAGACUGGAACACAACAAUAGCCUGUUUUGUAGCCAUAUUAAUUGGUUUGUGCCUUACUUUACUGCUUCUCGCCAUCUUCAAGAAAGCAUUGCCAGCUCUUCCAAUCUCCAUCACCUUUGGGCUUGUUUUCUAUUUUGCCACAGAUUAUCUAGUGCAGCCUUUUAUGGACCAGCUAGCAUUCCACCAAUUUUAUAUCUAGCACAUUGAAAAUUGGAAUCCUGUGGAUUUUUCUCCUCUUACUGUAGUAAAAUCUAGAGAGGACAAAAAAGUUUUCUUCUUCCUCAUGGAACAGUUUCAAGAUUCCCAGCUGGACUCAUCACAACUUUCUCCCAGUUUUUUGUGAGAACUUGCUUCCCUGAACACUGAAAAGGCCGUAAAUGGUUUUAAAUAUGUUGAUUUUUUUUUUUUUUGCUACAAGAAGCCACCUGGAUUUGUGGAAUAGACAUAGAAGCAGGACAAUAAGCCAGAAAGUUGCUGAUGCUUGCACCAGCAGUUUAUACCCCUUGGUCAUAGGUAGACAUUACCAACACUACAGACUCUCAGGACUGCCAUUGCCAAGAGGUGAAAUGAGGGAAGCUGUUAGACCAAACAGUGACCUGUACCUCAACCCAUGUAUUGAAAAAUCAACCCAAUAAAUCUGUGUUAGUUAAAGGUUGAACCUUUUGGGGUAUCACCAAGUGGACAGACAUCUGCAAGCCAAAUGGAGUGGAGAAAAGGGAGGCAGCUGCCACUUCCUGACUUUUGUGCUAGAAGUUCAAGCCAUUUUCAAGUAAGAGAAUCUCCUCCACCUUGGGUCAAGCCAGGGCUCGGGCAGAUUUUAAUGGUUUAUGUUCUCAAGCACUGAAGUUUUAUCACUUUUCACUUUUGCCAUUUCUUCUCAACUUCAAUCUGAAGUAAUCUGGGCUAGGCCAUGUCAAAGGACUUUGGUUCAAGAUUCAGUAGAUAUCAGUGGUAAGGGGACUGUUGUUCAAAGCCUCUUCCUCACUGAUAUUCUCAGAAUGCUUCUGGAUAUCCAGCUACAUUUCUGUCCUUUCUUGCUAUGAUAGCAACAUGCAAUUAGUCUUUUUUUUUUUUUUCAAAAGGCACAGCAUUCCAAGUUCACCUUUCCCCACAUAUCUUCCAUAUUUUUCGCCUUCACUCCAAACUGCAUGUAAUUCUCCUACCCAAGUAAGAAAGACAGAUAAGGUCUGUCAUGGCAGUGGAUGGAUGACCCAUUUAUUUUAGGAUUUUAUCUCAAGCAUGCUUGUAUGCUUGUAAAUUGCUGCAAUUAGCCUUUUUUGUUGUAAUUUCUUCAAUAAUACACAGACUCCCAUCAAAAGUUUGUGGCCAAAAGCCAGGGAAUUAAAACAAAAUAUAAUGCUUUGUGAUAUUCUUCCUUUCCUGGUUUCUUUCUUAGUCGGACUCAGUAUUUCUGUCAGCUGUCGAGAAUUAGAAUGAACUGCUGAAAGCAAAUUAUUUUUUAGGUAGUUUAUGAAUCAGUUUUGUUUAGCAGGGUUAGAAACUAGUAUGUAGAAAGAUAAUAGUAUUUUCAGUCUACAAACUUGGCCUAUCUUUAGGAGCAUGGGGUUAGGAGGAGAAGUCACUGAUGAGGGAAGAAGCAUCCUCAAACAGCUAAUAGGGCAAAACAAACUAAAUGCUAAAGAGCAGAUACCAAAUCAUUUAUCAGAAACCUUACAGUUGGUUUUUUGUGAUUAUACCUCUCCUAUUGCAUGUUGUUUCAAAGUAUCUUUGUUUGAAUUGGGGACAGUGAAGACACUAAUUUAAGCAACAGUGAAAUUCGGUUCUAUGCCAAACAAAAAAAAUCUGAUGACCUGCUCUUUCCAGAGGUUACUAUCUCUAACUAAAGUCUGUGUGUGUAGACAGGGCACAAACUCUGUUGGCCCUCUUUGCCUCAGAGAACCCUCAGCUUUAGUGAUCAGACAGUGUACUCAAGAAGAAGAAGGCGGUGCUGUAGCUCAGGAGUGACCAGUAUCAUCUCUGUGCCUAACACGCAUCUAGCUGUAAUAUGUCUUCUAGAUUGGGGCAGUUUCUUUUGGGGCCUGGAAUAUAUGCACUCUGCCAUUGGAUGGCUUCUCUGGUUUAUUAGGGUAAUAAGGAAAAUAUGUGUAUUCACCUGGUUUGGGGAUUUUAUGUUCAGGUAAUGCCUUUGUAUCUAAAUACUUGCUCAUAUUGGAUUGUUUUGGGAACUUCAAUGGAAAUGAAGGAUGCAAAAAGAAAGGAUGAGUUUCAGAACAUUUGAUUGUUUUGCUUUUUUAAAAAUCUGAAUCUUUUCUUCACUUCAUACUUUUCUCUCAGGCUUCUCUCCAUUCUUCUCUCCCACUUAAAUACUUUACAGCAGAAAUAUUAUCUCCUGGAGUUUUACCUGUGAUUCAGAAGCACUUAGAUAUCUAUGAGUUCAUGAUCUCAGGCAUUACUUAGUGAAGUAUAAAGCGAGUUCUUUUUAGCAAGGCUUCCAGAUACUCUGUGUGUUAUAGAUUUUUACUUCAAACCAGGGCUCACCUAAGAGAAGUUUGCUUGUGCCUGUGUUGGCUAUCCUGUGCUUCAGUUUUCCCCCUUGAAAGGAUGGUGAUGCUACAUGCAAAUCUGAGCCGUAUCUGAACCAAGCUGCAUCAUAGCAAACAGACCCAUUAUAUGUUCCAUUAAGUAGAACCAAGGACUUCAACAGCAUGAACUUCCCCCAAAAUGCUCUCUUAAGAAUAAGUUUGGAGAUUCCAGCAUAUCAAUUAUGAGUCUUCUAUAAUGAAAAAGGAAUUAGGUCACAUUAUGGAGCAGAGGAAAUGCCAGAUACACAUUUGAAAGUCAUUCAAGGAUAGGCAGCCACAGUAUUUAUCCCUUAAGUAUUUAUCUGAGGAGUGGGGCUCUUCCACACUGGGAAUAGCACCACCCAUUGAAUUAACCAACGAAAUGCAACAAAUUCAGAAGUUUGAUGAAUUUCAAGUUUUUCUUUAAAUUAAAAUUCCCUUUAAAAGAAAGGAAUUAAGGCAAUAGAUGAGAAAAUGGUAGAUUUGUAUCUAGUUUUGACACACGACAUAUUUACUUAAUGAAAGAGUGCUUUUAUGUAGAAAAUAGUUCACAGGGUAUAUUUGGAAGAUUGAUGUUUGAUGCCCUAGACUAGAAGUCGCAGCCCUCUGUUUUUUUCCUGGCCUAGUAUGUUAUUGUAUUUCAAGACUGUUUUUCUUUCUUUUCUUUUUUUAUUUAUACAUUUAAUUUUUACUGUAUCAACCUUUUUUUUUAAAUAACCACCCCUGUCCUAUAGUACCUUCCUACUAAAAGUUAAGCAAAAUCACCUAUCAGAACAAAUUGCAGGUACCGCAGCUUCUUAUUGAUGACAUUUGACCUUUAGAAAAGUGGAAAUUGUGACCUUUGCAGAGCUUGGAAGAAAAGUAUGAGAAAAGUCAGAAAUUUAUUAUUAAUUAUCCACCCAUAAAU